UUUGCUUUCAACACACUGACCGAGCUUCCAUUAACACACCAGUACCACUGUCUCUGUGAACUCCAAAGGGGAGAUCGGUCGAGAAAUGGUGUUUUCCGGCGACGGCGGUGGGAGGGGAGGCUCUGGAUGGGCCAACACAAAGAGCCUGGCCCUCCAUGUGCUCACCGGCCGAUGGUUCAUGGUAUUCGCCUGCUUCCUGAUCAUGUCUGCCGCCGGAGCCACCUACAUGUUCGGCUUCUACUCCGGCACCGUCAAAUCCUCCCUGGGCUAUGACCAAACCACCCUCACCCUCCUCAGCUUCUUCAAGGACCUCGGCGCCAACGUUGGCGUCCUCUCAGGCCUCAUCAACGAGGUCACGCCGCCGUGGGUCGUCCUCUCGCUCGGCGCCGUCCUCAACUUCUUCGGGUACUUCAUGAUCUGGCUCGCCGUCACCAAGCGAACAGCGAAGCCCCACGUCUGGCAAAUGUGUCUCUACAUCUUCGUCGGAGCCAACUCGCAGGCUUUCGCCAACACUGGCGCGCUGGUGACGUGCGUGAAGAACUUCCCGGAGAGCCGCGGCGUGGUGCUGGGGCUGCUCAAGGGCUUCGUCGGCCUAAGCGGCGCCAUCAUCACUCAGCUCUACCACGCCGUCUACGGCGACGACCCCAGCUCGCUCAUUCUGCUCAUCGGCUGGCUUCCGGCCGCCAUAUCCUUUGCCUUUCUCCGAACGAUUCGGAUCAUGAAGGUUGUGCGCCAGCCGAACGAGCUGAAAGUUUUCUAUAACUUUCUCUACAUAUCGCUGGCCCUCGCCGGAUUUCUCAUGAUCAUCAUCAUCUUCGAGAAAAGGUUUAACUUCACGCAGGCUGAGUACUCCGGCAGCGCCGUCGUCGUCCUGCUUCUGCUCUUUCUACCACUCGCUGUAGUCUUCAAAGAAGAAUACUACAUUUGGUUGAGCAAGAAAUUUGCCGGCCGAAAAUCAGCGGAAAAUCCGCCGCAAAUUGAUGUUAUAGUGAAUGCAGACAACACUUUGACCCCCCCGCCGUCCACCAUCGAACUACCCAGUUCCCAAAAGCUGCAACAAACUUCAAAUUCGUCGCAAAUUGAUCGUUCUCUACCUAAUACCCAGAAGAAACAAGAACCUUCUUGCUUCAAAACCAUAUUCCGGCCACCGGACAGAGGAGAAGACUACACCAUUCUACAAGCACUCUUUAGCAUCGACAUGCUAAUUCUCUUCUUCUCCACGAUUUGCGGCGUGGGAGGGACUUUAACGGCCAUAGACAACCUGGGACAGAUCGGGGCUUCCUUAGGAUACCCAAAACGAAGCAUUAGUACUUUCAUUUCGCUAGUGAGCAUCUGGAACUAUCUCGGCAGAGUGGUGGCCGGAUUCGCCUCCGAAAUCUUCCUAACCAAGUACAAGUUUCCCCGGCCUCUAAUGCUCACUCUCGUCCUCCUCCUAUCCUGCCUCGGCCACGCCCUCAUCGCCUUCAAUGUCAAGAACGGCCUCUACUUCGCAUCAGUCAUCAUCGGAUUUUGUUUCGGCGCGCAAUGGCCGCUGCUGUUCGCCAUCAUCUCUGAAAUUUUCGGGCUCAAAUACUACUCCACGCUCUACAAUUUUGGUGGAGUUGCUAGCCCGAUUGGAUCGUAUAUACUGAGCGUGAGAGUCGCGGGGCAUUUAUACGACAAGGAGGCUGAUAAGCAGAUGAAGGCACUGGGGAUUGAUAGAAAGGACGGGGAGGACUUGGAUUGCAAGGGGGAAGAGUGCUUUCGAUUGGCUUUCAUCAUAAUCAUGGCAGCGACAGUGGUCGGGGCAAUGGUUUCGGUGAUUUUGGUGCUUAGGACGAGGAAAUUUUACAAGAGUGACAUCUAUAAGAAGUUCAGGGAGGAGGCCAAGGCAGCCGAGGCGGCGGAGCAGAUGACAGUCCCCGGAAAUGGCGUUGGACCCGCGACGCCGGUGGUCAAGGUCGGAUAAAGAGAUUGAUUGGUGUAAGAAUAUAUAGGCAGGUCGAUUGAUACAAAUACAUACGUACAGAAUUGAAAGGGAGGGGUUUGUCCCACUGGUUUGGCCGUAAAGGGGUACCCCACCGGUUUGUGAUGUUCAUUUGGUGGCCGUAAAAGGGUGCCCUUUUUCUUCUUGUUUUUUGGGGCCAAAUCUCAUCAGAUUGCCAUAAAUGUCAGAAACAAUCUGUGUUUCUGUCUUGGGGUCUACUGUUUAAAGCUCUAGCUGUCCUAAGCACCAAUACUCCAAUUAUUUGUGUAGUGAUAGCUCUGUUCAUGUUUUCA